AUGGCCGCACCGCCGGCCCACCCGCUGGAGGAGGACGAGAGCCUGCGGGGCUGCGAGCUCUACGUGCAGAAGCACGGCAUCCAGCAGGUGCUCAAGGACUGCAUCGUGCACCUGUGCGUCUCCAAGCCCGAGCGCCCCAUGCGGUUCCUGCGCGAGCACUUCGAGAAGCUGGAGAAGGAGGAGAACAGGCAGAUCCUGGCUCAGAAGUCGGCCUCCCAGUCCGACUCGCACGAUGAGGAGGCCUCCCCGACGCUGCCGAACCCCGUGGUGAAGGCCCGCUGCCGCCGCGGGGGCGUGAGCGCCGAGGUGUACACGGAGGAGGACGCCGUGUCCUACGUCCGGAAGGUCAUCCCCAAGGACUAUAAGACCAUGACGGCGCUGGCCAAGGCCAUCUCCCGGAACGUGCUCUUCGCACACCUGGACGACAAUGAGCGAAGUGACAUAUUCGACGCCAUGUUCCCCGUCACCCACAUCGCGGGGGAGACUGUCAUCCAGCAAGGGGACGAAGGUGACAACUUCUACGUCAUUGAUCAAGGAGAAGUGGACGUGUAUGUGAACGGCGAGUGGGUGACCAACAUCAGCGAGGGCGGCAGCUUUGGGGAGCUGGCGCUCAUCUACGGCACACCCCGGGCGGCCACCGUGAAGGCCAAGACGGACCUCAAGCUCUGGGGCAUCGACCGUGACAGCUACCGCCGCAUCCUCAUGGGCAGCACGCUGCGGAGGCGCAAGGUGUACGAGGGGUUCCUCAGCAAGGUCUCCAUCCUGGAGUCCCUGGAGAAGUGGGAGCGCCUGACGGUGGCCGACGCGCUGGAGCCGGUCCAGUUUGAGGACGGGGAGAGGAUCGUGGUGCAGGGGGAGCCGGGCGACGACUUCUUCAUCAUCACGGAGGGCACCGCCUCUGUCCUCCAGCGCCGGUCGCCGAAUGAGGAGUACGUGGAGGUGGGGCGCCUGGGGCCCUCCGACUACUUCGGGGAGAUCGCGCUGCUCCUGAACCGGCCCCGGGCGGCCACGGUGGUGGCCCGGGGGCCCCUCAAGUGCGUGAAGCUGGACCGGCCCCGCUUCGAGCGCGUGCUGGGCCCCUGCUCCGAGAUUCUCAAGCGGAACAUCCAGCGCUACAACAGCUUCAUCUCCCUCACCGUCUGAGCCCGCCCGCCGCCCGCCGCCCGCGUCCCGCGCAGGGGCUCCCCUGUGUCCGGGGCCGAGGGGGUGGGCGUCCCCGCAGCCCGGAGGCUGCCUCUCCCUCCAGACUCCCCUUUGGAAUAAAGUGGCCACCCGUGCGUUUUGAAAACAAGGGCACACCAGACGCAGGCCAGGCCGAGGUGCCGGCCGGCGGCCCCCACGCGCCUCCCGUCUCCCCAGGCUCUGCGGGCUCAUCGUAGGGGACCCCCGCCCUCCCUCAUCUUCGGGGGGACGCCGAAGCGUGCUCGCCCCCCGUGGCCG